CUUGCUUAAAUAAGUGUCAAAACAGAUUGAAGUGUUGUUUUAUAAAGUUUAAAGUUUGGCUUUCUCUUAUAAAUUAAAUUACUGGAAUAAAAAUGGUAAAGGCCUGGUACAUGGAUAAUGAAAACACAGACCAACGUUUAGAGCACCACAGGAAUCCUCCAGAAUUUAUUUCCAUAGAGGAUUUAUAUAAGAAAACUGGCAUCGAAUAUUUUAAGUUAAAUGUGGAGACAUUUAACACGGAUGGUGUAUUGGAGAAACUAAAGAAAGAGAGAGGUUACAGCUAUGAGGAUCAAAUAACUGUCUCAAAAGACUGCCUGCCGAACUACGAGGACAAAUUGAAAGCAUUUUAUAAAGAACAUUUGCAUACUGAUGAAGAAAUAAGGUUUGCAGUGGAAGGUUCCGGUUACUUUGACAUCCGAGAUGACAGUGACCAAUGGAUCCGCAUCCUGGUGACUCCCGGAGACUUGAUUAUCAUCCCCAGUGGCAGUUACCAUCGCUUCACUGUUGAUACUAAUAAUUAUCUGAAAGCGUAUCGUUACUUUGUGGGCGAGCCGGUGUGGCUGCCGUACAACAGACCCGCAGACGACAUGGACUGCCGCAAGGAAUAUCUUCACAAACUUCAGAAAGGAUUUGGUGUUGCCGCUUGAGAUAAUCACAUCGGCCUGUCCCACCAGAUCGUAGAUUGUCUGAUAACAAUCCAACGUGUAAAAUAUGUGAUGGAAAUAUCCGAUUUUGUUAUCUUAUCUGACAGUGACGUCAAUUUUAUGCUAUCUGAGCCUCUAUCAGCCAGUGGUGGGACAGGCCCUUGAAAAAUAUGUUAAUACAACCUUUCUUGCCUUAACUUGUUUUAACUUCACAUGUUUUUUUCGGCUAUAUUUAAGUUUAAAAAUCUAAAUAUUAUGUAAUCUAUAAUACAGAAGUAUAAAAGAAAAAAAAUAAUUCUUUGUUGCCAUGAAUAUGUUUAGUAAUAAGAAAGUAUAAAUCAUAUAAAUAAGGGGAUUUAUGUAUAUUUUGUGAAUGUAAUGUAAUCUUUAUA